UCUAUAGUGCUAGUGCCUGACUAUCCCAGUGGCCUCCUGCGAUGGAGCGACUGCAUCGGUGCCCAAAGAGAAGGCAACCGAUGCCAUCCAUAAGGAAUUCCUGCAAGGUUUGCACCUCACCCACGUCGUAAAUUGCAGAGACGGGGGUUCAAAAGGUGCAGCUAUUCGGUGGAUGAGGAAUUGGUUGCAUGCUCGCGGCCCGAGGGCUGCGAUCAAGGCUCUACGCCCAGGUGGAGGCCGGACACAAGUGGUGUCCCCCAAGGUGCGUCUCGGGGCCACUGCUCUUCAACAUCCUUAACAGCAACACAGGUGAUGGGAUCCACUGCACCCUCAGCAAGUUUGCAGGCUUCACGCAUCAAGCUGAGCGCGGCAGCUGAUACGGCAGAAGGAAGGGAUGCCAUCCAAAGGGACUUUGACAAAUUCAAACCCACCUGGGCCCAUGUAAACCCAAGGACGUUCAACAAAGUCAAGUGCAAGGCGCUGUACUUGGGCGGGGACAACGCCAAGAUACGCAGACAGCAUGGGAGAACAACUCCUUGAGGGCAGCCCUGCCAAGAAGGAUGGAGGGGUCCUGGCAGACAAAAAACUUAACAUCAGCUAGCAGUUUGCACCUGCAGCCCCCAAGGCCGACCGCGUACUGGUCUGCAUCAAGAGGAGUGGCCAGCAGGGAGAGGGAGGCGACUGUCCCCCACCCCCGCUCUGCUCUGCCCUCGUGACACCCCAGCUGGAGUAAUGCCUCCAGGUCUGGGGCCCCAGCUCAGGAAAGCUGGCGAGAUUUUGGUGAGAGGCCAGCACAGGGCCACAGGGACAAUCAGAGGGCUGGAGCGCUUCUCCUGCAAAGACAAGCUGACGGAACUGUGCCUGUCCGGUCUGCAGAAGACAAAGCACCAGGGUGACCACGUUGCAGCCUGCCAGUACUUACAGGGACGUUAUAAACAGGAGGAAAAUCAACUUUUCACACGGGUAGAUAGCAAUAGGACACGGCUUUAAAAUAAAAGAGUUUAAGAUCAGAUGCCAGGGGGAGACGGACGUGAGGCACUGGCACACGAUGCCCAGAGGCAUUCUGGAUAUCCCCCAGUACCGGAGGUGUUCCAGGCCAGGCUGCAUGCAGCACUGGGAAGCUUGCUCUACGGCUGGAGUCUUGCGGUUGGCAACUGCGCCCUCGGCACUGAGUGGGAACAACGUGACCUCUGAGGCCCCUUCCAACCCAAGCCAUUCCGUGACACAAAGGGGGCCUACGGGACACCUGCAGUGGGAACCAUAAACGCGGACUGCAAUGGCAGGACAGGGGGCAACGGCUCGCAACUAAAAGAGAGGAGGUUCACAUUAGACGUUAGCAAGAGACUUUGUCCUCUGAGGGGCGGUGGGGCACAGGAAAAGGUCACCCACAGAAACUGAGGACGCCCCAACACCGGAAGCCUCUCACGUCAGGCUGGAGGGGGCGUUGGGCAACCCGCUCUAGUGGAAGGCGGCGCUGCCCACGGAAAGGGGGUUGCUUGGAAGCGGACGGCACUUGAGGUCCCUUUCCAAACCAAACCACCCUCUCAUUCUAUCAUCUCCUCAAGUCUCCUCAUCCUCAACACGUGCUUAAUAACUACAUCAGGGGGCUCGCCUCCAUAAGGCUUGUGGACUCCUCCUGGACACUCAGACAAACCUUUGGCCUCCGCAACGUCAGAUCCUUGCCUUACAACUAUCCGCCUGCUGGUCCAUUUCCUCCUUCUCACCGGAUGCCACACAAAGCAAGGAAAAGAAGAGACGACGGAGGAAGGAGACGCGGCGCCCGAGGAGCACCACAGCCGCAGUACCCGCUCGGAAGCAUCGCUUCCCUUUCUCAUUCCUCCUCAAGCACAAGCCUUUCCUACGUAUUCUCAGCAGCCUCCAACGCAGGCGGCGCUGCCUACUCCGACCACUACAACAGCCAACCCAGAGUUCCUCAUGCCGCCGGAAACUACCCAAGGUUCUUCCAACGCGCUUCACUUUGCAGUGCUUUCUAAGAAACAAGCACAGAAAGCAAGCCACGGGCAGCACACAUCUCAAGUCGAAAGACCAAGACCCAUUACGGCAUUAAGGCGUUACGUAAGAAAAGCAGAGUUGAACAGGAAGAGGGAUUUCACUGAAGGAUACACCAGAGCUCUCCCCGCAGGCCUAAGGGAAAGGAUGAAAACAGAUAUCUGCAGAACAGCUGACCCAGAAGAUUCCGCCCCACCACUUUCACAUCCCCCUUCCAACCCUUGCAGCCAGCCACCCAAAACACACCGCCGGACCAGGAUCUCCACCAACAGCCCCACGCACACCCAAGCCAUUUGCUCCCAGACCACAAAAACCAACAGCCAAAAGUGAAAGCCACAGACAAAAUCUCUCGGCAACAGGAAAGCGACGAAGGGAAAGAUGACACGCCACAUAAAGCCGGCACCGCGGCAGCACACAGACCACUGCCACCACCCAGCCCCACCAGGCGCCUGCCCACCACAACCAGAGUCCCACCAUGGCUGUGCCUGCAAGCCCACAGCACCCACGGGGCUACAGCAUCCUGCUGCUCACGCUCCUUAUGAAAGCUCUCGCCGCCGCCGCCGCCACCGCCUGCAACCACCUUCGCCCCCAGGAUGCCACCUUCUCUCGUGACAGCCUCCAGCUCCUCCGGGACAUGGCUCCCAGCCCACCCCAGCCGUGCCCACAGCACAGCGCGCCAUGCUCCUUCAACGACACCAUCCUGGACACCAGCAACGCCCGGCAAGCCGACAGAACCACCCACGACAUCCUCCAGCACCUCUUCAAAAUACUCAGCAGACCCAGCACUCCAGCCCACUGGGUCGACAGCCAACGCCAAAGCCUCCUCAACCAGAUCCAGCGGUACACCCAGCACCUCGAGCAGUGCUUGGCAGGCAGCGACACGCGCUCCCGCACACGAUGGCCUCGCAACCUUCACCUCACCAUCAACAAACACUUCAGCUGCCUCCACACCUUCCUCCACGACAACGAUUACAGCGCCUGCGCCUGGGACCACGUCUGCCUACGAGCUCGCACCUGGUUCCUGCACAUCCACGACCUCGUGGGCAACACGCGCACCUAGCCCCAAGCGCACCUCCCACCCUCUUCCUAGUUACCUAUUUAUUCAACUAUUUGUACAAACGGCUAUUUAUUCCUCUAUUUAUUCUUCUAUUUAUUCAGACAAAAUAAAGCUCUCCUUUCCAAAACUGCCUGCGACUGCCUCCUUUCGCUCAAUCACAGGAGCCCCUGGCGGGGGCAACCAACCCUGGGAUUCUCACACACCGCUCUGAAAACUCCGGUACCCGCUUACUUCUUCUGUAAACCUUGCAGGUCCAGGGAGAUCCACGAGGUCGCCGCAAAAAGCGGACAAAGCAGGGACACCUGCGGCAGCAGGACCGGCCCGCUUUGACUAACAAAGCCAAAGCAAGAAGCUGAUUAUCACUUUCAGCACAGCAGCUUGACGGCCACAGCGGUACCGCGGGGACGGGUAGAAGUAGCCCUACAGUUAACUCGAACCUUGAGUACGGUCAGCAAGAACGCAAAGGCGGCGUAUCACUGCAGUGCUUGACUCUUCACGCAAAUCCUGUCAAACAUCACCCCACACAGAGAAACCCACAAGCUUCAGCUUCUAAGGGGAAGCAGAGCAGACAAAGGUAGGGAGAAGGAAGGAGACAGCAGAGCUAAGAGACGGGAAGCUACAGUCAUCUUACUCCACCAUGACGGGGCACCUUCUUGGCAACCACUCCGCCUCACCUUGGGGUGGAGAACGCUGGCACAGCAUGGAUUUCAGUACCGCUGUGCCUUAGUUUCACAGGCUGGGACUAGAACCGUUUUCUUCAGAGCGCCUGAUACGAUGCGGUGUUUUGGUUCCAGGAGAAAAACAACGCUGCUAACACACCAACGCCUACUCUUGCUGCUAAGCGGCGCUGCACAGAGCCAAGGCCAUUCUCCGCAAAAGGCCCAAGGAGCUGAGGGGGAGCAGAAUUAGGACAGCUGACUCCAACUGGCCCAAAGGGGUAUUCCCUACCAUACGACAUCAAGCGGAAGGAGUUUUGAGGAGGGUGCCAGAUCAACUCGCUCGUCCUUCUGCUCCUCAACUGGUUGCAAAGCAGCUCUCCGUCCAACCAAAACAGUCACGGCUGUCAGGCAAAGUCCCCGGUGACUGCAAAAAGGGAAGCUUCACUCCCUGUUUUUAAAAGGGCAGGCAGGAAGACGCGGGGAGAUACUGGCCGGAGAGCCUUGCCUCUAGGCCUAGGAAGAUCACCGAGCAGAAGUGCCAGGAAAACAGAGGGACCAGCAGGUGAUCCGAGACU